UUUUUACCCCUAGUUGUUUACUACUAAAGCACAGCCCCCUCGCUUGAUUCUGCACGCCUCCAAAACCCCUUCUCGCCACGGCGGCCAAGGGGCCUUGCUCCAAGCCCUCCAAACUGCGCCGCGGAAGGCAUUGCAGUGGACUCCUGAGCAGGGGAAGUGGUCUCUACCAUGGGCAACUCUUGCGUUGCAGGCGCUUUUUCAGCUCCUGCACCUCUGAGAAAGACCCAUGAUCCAGUUUUCAAAUGGAAGUUUUACGGUUUCUCAGCUUUACUUGAUAGGGGGGCUGUAUCAGCUAAUUCUGCUCCUUUUCACUGCUGUGGAUACAGUUGGUUCCUGCACGUGAUCCCAAAGCAUAAAAAGUCUGGUGAUAAGAUUCCAUACGUUGCUCUAUGCCUUUGCGUAAACCAAAACAUCUUAAAGCCAGGUUGCACCUUGAGUGCAGUUUUCGAGUUGUCAAUAUACAACCAUUCAAAAGGGACUUACCGUGGAUGUAAAGCUAGCUACCACUUCCAUGUCAAGCAGACGCACUCAGAGAGAAAAUGCUUGAUUCCUCUUGACGAAGUACUGAAAUCAUCUGAUUUUCUGGUUGAUGAUAGCUGUGUCUUUGGUGUGAGGAUAUUAAAGGCGGAUGUUUCUUCGCAAAAUAAGCCUAUUGUGAUUCCAAAGAAGCCUAUCACAGUUCAGAACAUCUUCCUCCAGAAGAAGGGAUUCAUCAAAGGAAUCUACACCUGGACCAUGAACAACUUCCUUGACAUGAAGCUCCCAGUCCUUUCUCCUGAAUUUGAUGUUGGCGGACAAAAAUGGCACAUCAACAUGCAUCCACUUGGUGACCAAUAUAGCACCAAUUCGCUUUCGCUGUACUUAUACCUGCAUGAUCAGAAGAAGCUCCCUCUCGAGUCUGGAAUGAUGAUUGAACUGACUCUAUCCAUCCUGGACCAGAAGCAUGGGAAACACUACACAGUUACAGGUCGCUUCGUGUUUGCAACCAACGCAAAGAAUGGCUGGGGAUGGUCCAACUUCAUUCCACUGAAGACACUCAUGGACCCAUCCAGAGGCUAUCUUGUGGGAUCAAACUGCAUUCUGAAGGCAGAUGCCACUAUCAUUGGGUCAUCCAAUGACGGCUAGACCUUUUUUGAUGACCUCUGAAAGGAAAAAUGCUUUUGCACACUUGGAACAAUUGUCCGUGAUGCCUAUAUGGUGUCUAUGCUGGUAUAAAUGGCUGAAUCGUGAUCUUAUUAUGCAUGUUUAUGAACUGAUGAGCUCUAGGGGUUGAGAAACUCUAGAAGGUUGGUGUGCACUAUGUGUGCAUUAGUGGCAGACAAUAGCUCAAAAUGGAUGAUUUUAGUAUCUUGGUUUGUGUGCCGUACAUGUUGGGUUCCUGUUAUAUAUCGCUUUGUUUUGGCGUGGCAUUA